AUGGAGCAGACUCGAGGUCAUUUUGGUCACUCACAUCAUGGCCACCACCACCAUCAUGAUACAACAUACUUGACGAGUUCCGACAAGAAUGACGCCGGUGUCCGUAUCACGCGAGUAGGACUCUUUGUCAACCUUGGCAUGGCCAUUGCUAAGGGCAUCGGCGGCUACGUCUUCAACUCCAAAGCGUUAUCCGCCGACGCCAUACACUCCCUUACAGAUCUCAUAUCCGAUUUCACCACCCUCGCAACCGUCUCGUACUCGUUAAGAUCCCCUACAACUAGAUUCCCUACCGGCUAUGGCAAGAUCGAGUCUCUAGGCGCACUUGGAGUGUCGGGUAUCCUGCUUUCAGGAGGAAUAAUGAUUGGCCUACAAGCAAUCAUGGCUCUCACACAACAGUUCUUCCCGGAUAUUGCCCAUAUACUCUCUCACCUUGGCAUUUUCGGCCACGGCCAUAGUCACAGCCACAGCCAUGGAGUCGAAGGCAUGGGUGUCAAUAUCAACGCAGCAUGGCUGGCAGCCGGCAGCAUCAUAAUUAAAGAGUGGUUAUACCGAGCGACUAUGAAAAUCGCAAAGGAGAAACGCAGCAGUGUUCUGGCGAGCAAUGCAUACCACCACCGUGUCGACAGUCUGACUGCUGUUGUUGCUUUGGCCACCAUCACCGCCAGUCACUUUUUCAGCAACGCCGCAUGGCUCGAUCCUGUCGGUGGUCUGAUUAUUUCAGGCAUGAUCGUGCAAGCUGGAUACGGAAACACAAAAGCUGCACUCCUGGAGCUGGCUGAUGUAUCUAUCGAGGACGACAUCAAGCAUAAUAUCGAGACCGCUGCAUCGCAAGCCUUGGGAGAUCUGAAAUUACCUACCGAGUCGGCACCCCAGGUCCAGGGCAUCAAAAGUGGCCAAAACUACCUGAUCGAGAUUGCCGUCACCGUACCCUCGACAUGGACACUGGAGCAAAUGACACAAGCCGAAAACAGCAUUCGUGAAAAGGUGUCUUCGGCAGCCCAAGGCAUCAAGCGUGUUUCGAUCCGCUUCACCAGCUCUGAGAACACCGCCGAUGCUUUCGCAAACGAAUUUGUUGCUUCUAAGGAUCAGACGCAUGAGCAUGAACACGAACACAGCCAUGAUGACGGGCAUAGCCACAGCCACGAGCUUGCACAGGAAGCCUCCAAGUCAGGACUGAACAAGAGAAAGUGA